GGAGGAGGAGGAGGAGGAGGAGGAGGAGAAGGCUGCUGUACGAAGUCGGGCGCGCUGUCCGUGCAGGCAGCCGAGAGGAAGGAGGGGAAACAUGCCAUGCCUGCCCCGACUCCCCUCCGCUGCGCGGCUGCGACUUCACCGCCCUGCCGCCGGCUGCUGACCCUUCGCCCGCCGCCUGAAAGCUCGUGCCUAUCGCGGCGAUUAUCACUCUUGUCCACUCCGAGGGCGGGAGAGGCGGCGGCGGGCAGGCGCGACAGACAAUGGCGGCGGCUGCUCCUGCCGCCGCCAACAGCGGCAGCAGCAGCCCAGCUCGUGCCAACAACGGCGGCGGCGGCGGCACAUUCCACCAGCAGCUGGAGCCCUGCCUGAGGAAGCCACCGCCGCCGCCGCCGCGCAUGGACCCCCGGCGCAGGCAGGCAGCGCUCUCUUUCCUCACCAACAUCUCGCUGGACGGGCGGCCCGCCGUGCCGCAAGACGACGAGGGCGGCGUCGGAGGAGGAGGCGGCGGUGAACAGAGCGGCGUCGGUGCUGCAGCACUGGCGGCCGCGAGGGUGGCUUCUGCAGCAGCAGCCUGCAGUAACGGCAGCGCUAGGACUCGCCACAGCCUGGGCGCUUUCCAGCCCGUCGCCCCGCAGGCUUACCCCAGCGCCUCCUGCAGCGGCGGCGGCGCCAGGCUCACGAGCCCCUCGAGGGUGGCUGGGCAGCAGCAGCAGCAGGAAGAGGACGAGGAUGAGGACGAAGAUGCCUUCGCUCCCGUGCAGGUGCCCGCCGCCGCCGCCGCCGCCUUCCUGGGCUCCUGCGGGACCCCCUCGGCGGGCGGCGCAAGAGGUCGCCUCAACUCUUUCACUCAGGGAAUCCUGCCCGUCUCCUUCGCCAGAGCCGUCCCGCAGAACUAUUGCUGCCUCGAGCAAGGCCCUGCGGGCACCAGCGCCUUCGAGCUCCAGAGGUCCCGACGUCGGUUGAUUUCCCAAAGGUCUUCACUGGAGACUUUAGAAGAUAUUGAGGAAAAUGCUCCUUUACGGAGAUGCCGAACUCUGUCAGGCUCACCCAGACCAAAGAACUUUAAGAAGGUUCAUUUCAUCAAGAACAUGCGACAGAAUGAUACAAGGAAUGGCAGAAUAGUCCUUAUUAGUGGCAGAAGAUCCUUCUGCAGCAUAUUUUCAGUGCUGCCGUAUCGGGACUGUAGCCAUGUUGGGGAUAUGAAAGCAGAAGGUGGGAGGCCAUGCCAUUCUGCGGCAGGAGUUUGCUUGAAAGACAUAGUUGGCCUUGAAGGUGUGGAAUUGGGAGCCAAUGGGAAGACUGUUUCUUACACCCAGUUUCUCUUCUCAACCAACGCUUUGGGAGGACGAAGAAACACGAUAGACUCCACCUCAUCCUUCUCACAAUUUCGCAAUGCAAGCCAUCGUAGCCUUUCAUUGGGAAGGGCUAACAGCACCCAAGGGAGCAUGGAUGGAGGCAGUGACCUAGGAGAUUAUAUUGAAUACGACCCUAAUCUUUUGGAUGAUCCUCAGUGGCCGUGUGGGAAGCACAAGCGGGUGUUAAUAUUCCCUUCAUAUAUGACAACAGUAAUUGAUUAUGUGAAGCCAUCAGACCUUAAGAAAGAUAUGAAUGAGACCUUCAAGGAAAAGUUUCCUUACAUCAAGCUGACACUCAGUAAAAUAAGAAGCCUGAAGCGAGAGAUGCGCAAACUAGCUCAAGAAGAGUGUGGUUUUGAGGAACCCACCGUGGCUAUGGCCUUCGUCUAUUUUGAGAAGCUUGCUCUCAAGGGGAAACUCAACAAGCAGAACAGAAAGCUCUGCGCUGGAGCAUGUGUCCUACUAGCUGCCAAAAUUGGCAGUGACCUCAAAAAGCAUGAUGUGAAACAUCUUAUCGACAAACUGGAAGAGAAGUUCCGAUUGAACAGGAGGGAGCUGAUUGCCUUUGAAUUCCCAGUGUUAGUGGCCUUGGAAUUUGCUCUCCAUCUACCUGAACAUGAAGUGAUGCCACAUUAUAGACGCUUGGUCCAGAAUUCCUAGCACUGGCUACCCUUCCGAGAAGAGGGAGGGGUUUAAAAACUUUUUUUUCCCUGUUGAGCUCAGAAGAGCAGCAGUUACUACUGGAAAUGCAAAAAUGGGGGCACAGAUGCCCCAACACCCUUUAUUCUCUUUUCAGUGCAGCUUUUCAACCUGAUCGUAGGAAUAAUUCCUUAAGACUCUCAGGCUAGACAAACUUUUAACUACUCGAUGCAAGUGAUGAAUGAGUUGCAUGUGAGUGAACAGUGGGUGGAGCAGAUUCACACCACUUGGACAAAAAAAGAACUUCCUUGAGUUCCCCAUAAACUUUCCUGCAAGGAGAAGGAAG